AUGGGGUGGACCCCACAACAUGACAGAGCUCUUCUAGAUGAGAUGACUGUUAGUGAGGUGUUCCAGUAUAAAAAGGGGACACCAGAAAGAGGUCAAGUUUGGGACUCCAUCGCUGCAAACCUCAAUGCUGUGGAAUACCCAAAAUUUAAGGUCCUCAAGAGGUCAUGUAGAGACCGCAAAAUGACAAACGAAAUCAAAGCAUCCGGCAUUGAUGUGGAGGUGAAUGAAAUUGACACCAUAAUUGAAGAGCUUAUUGGGAAAGAAGAUGCUGCUGUUAGCACUGGUGGCAAAGACAAGAAAAAGGUUGAAAAAGAG